AUGCGUCAUCACAUGUCAAUUGACGGCUGCAUCUGCAAGAACUUGCGGCCGUUUUCCAAAAAAAGUUUAUUGAUUCUUACAAGAAAUACUGGAAUCUCCCUAAACCACCAUGGGAGAUUCUUUAGAUGGAAGUGAAAAUUCGCCUGAGUCUCAGAAUGUCGUCGUCGUCGACUUCCAAGACUUUGCGAACUACUUGCGCAGAGCCGCAACGGUACUUUUGCCCGAAGAUGAUAUCGUACCACCGGCAUUAAAUGCUGCUUUGGACGACAAAGUGAACCAAGAUUGCAUCAGGAAGUUCUUCUCCGACCCCCAGGUGUCUUCUUUGUACGUGCAAAGGUUUUCUUCCAAAGAAGAUGACAGUGAACAACCGACUGAAGGGGAAGAGGAGAAGGAAGCUGUCACCUACCAAAUCAGCAAUGAGGUUCACUUCUCAUCAUCUCGGGUGGCAGCCUUUGUGUGCAUCAAGCGUGGUGCUGUCAUCGAAGCUGACAAGUCCAUCCACAGUCAGUUGCGACUCAUCAACCUGUCUGAUGGCUCCCCGUAUGAAACUCUCCAUGCUUUCAUCAGCAAGACCAUGGCUCCUUUCUUCAAGAGUUAUGUGAAGGAAAGCGGCAGAGCAGACAGGGAUGGUGAUAAAAUGGCACCAUCAGUUGAGAAGAAGAUUGCUGAAUUGGAGAUGGGACUACUGCACCUCCAACAGAACAUUGAUAUCCCAGAGAUUACCCUGCCUGUGCAUCCUCUGGUAGCUGCUGUCAUCAAGAGAGCGGCUGAUGAAGGGCGCAAACCUCGGGUAGCUGACUUUGGUGAUAAAGUGGAAGACUCCACAUUCCUCAAUCAACUACAGAAUGGUGUCAACCGCUGGAUCAAAGAAAUUCAAAAGGUCACCAAGUUGGACCGUGACCCAUCAAAUGGCACAGCUCUCCAAGAAAUCUCUUUCUGGCUGAACCUUGAAAGAGCUCUCCACCGGAUCCAGGAGAAGAGAGAAAGCAUUGAGGUGGCUCUAACUUUGGAGAUCCUGAAGUAUGGCAAGCGUUUCCACGCCACUGUGUCUUUUGAUACGGACACCGGAUUGAAGCAAGCUCUUGCAACUGUGUCGGACUACAACCCUCUCAUGAAAGACUUCCCUAUCAAUGAUCUUCUCAGUGCUACUGAGCUGGAAAGGAUCAGAUUGGCAGUACAGCAGAUAUUUUCGCAUUUGCGGAAGAUUCGUUCAACCAAAUACCCCAUACAGCGUGGUCUGAGACUGGUUGAGGCUAUCUCCCGUGAUCUUGGUCAACAACUCCUCAAGGUGCUGGGAACUCGCCGGUUGAUGCAUAUUCCUUUCGAAGACUUUGAACGCGUGAUGACCCAAUGCUUUGAAGUGUUCUCCUGCUGGGAUGAUGAAUACGAGAAGCUGCAGGGAUUGUUGCGUGACAUAGUAAAGAAGAAGCGUGACGAGCACUUAAAGAUGGUAUGGCGCGUGUCGCCGUCGCACAAGCGGCUGCAGGCGCGGAUGGAACACAUGCGCAGAUUCCGCAGGCACCAUGAACAACUGCGCACUGUCAUGUUGAGGGUGCUUCGUCCGCGUGCAACAGUGGCGGCUGACGCAGGCGCGGGUGGUGAGCCUGCCCAGCCUCACUCACUGCCAAUGGAUGCUGCUGAUGCCAAUGCUAUUGCAGAGGUGAACCUCGCGUAUGAGAAUGUGAAGGAAGUUGACUGUCUGGAUAUAUCUCGCGAGGGUAGCGAUGCCUGGGAAGCGGCGGUCCGUCGGUAUGAAGAUAGAAUCGAUCGCGUGGAGACCCGCAUCACAGCUCACCUCCGUGACCAGCUAGGAACAGCGAAGAAUGCCAACGAAAUGUUCCGCAUUUUCUCCCGCUUCAACGCUUUGUUCGUCCGCCCACACAUCCGCGGUGCUAUACGCGAGUACCAGACACAACUCAUACAGAGAGUCAAAGACGAUAUCGAAGCUUUGCAUGAGAAGUUUAAGGUACAAUAUCCUCAAUCGAAAUGCAGCAGGCUGUCUUUAGUGCGAGAUCUGCCACCGGUGGCUGGUUCCAUCAUUUGGGCGAAACAGAUUGACCACCAACUCACCGCCUACUUGAAGAGAGUCGAGGAUGUACUUGGCAAAGGUUGGGAGAACCAUAUAGAAGGGCAAAAACUGAAGGCGGAUGGUGACAGUUUUCGCCUCAAAUUGGACACCCAAGAAGUCUUUGAUGAUUGGGCUCGAAAGGUGCAACAACGUAACUUAGGCGUGUCUGGUCGCAUAUUCGCCAUUGAAUCUGUCCGCGCUCGCUCCGGCAAAACUGGCACUAUUCUGAAGCUGAAAGUCAACUUCUUGCCUGAGAUCAUUACUCUGUACAAGGAAGUCCGCAACUUGAAGAACCUUGGAUUCAGAGUACCAUUAGCCAUCGUGAACAAGGCUCAUCAAGCAAACCAGCUAUAUCCGUUCGCGAUCUCACUCAUCGAGAGCGUCCGCACGUACGAACGCACACUGGAAAAGCUAAAUAAUAGGAAUCAUACAAAGAUCCGCGACAAAGCAUCCAUCAUUCCGCUAGUGGCUGGGUUACGUCGCGAUGUGCUCAACCAAGUGUCGGAAGGUAUGGCCCUUGUGUGGGAGUCAUACAAACUGGAUCCAUAUGUUCAGAAGCUCAGUGAAGUUGUGCUUCUGUUCCAAGAGAAGGUUGAGGACCUAUUAGCAGUUGAAGAGCAGAUCUCAGUAGACGCUCGUUCCUUGGAGACUUGUCCGUACUCGGCUGUAAGCCUGGCUGAUAUCCUCAGCCGGCUGCAGAGGGCUAUUGAUGACCUCUCCUUGAGGCAGUACAGCAACUUACAUUUGUGGGUGCAGCGCCUAGAUGAAGAGGUUGAGAAGAGCCUAGCAGCUCGUUUACAAGCCGGCAUUGAAGCCUGGACAUCAGCCCUCCUUGGCAAGAGCCAUGAGCUUGACCUGUCUAUGGACACCUACUCGCCUACUGAGCCUACUCAUAAACCUGGUGGAGAACCUCAGAUUGCUCGCGUGGUCCACGAAGUGCGUAUAACCAACCAGCAGAUGUACCUAUUCCCGUCUCUGGAAGAGGCUCGCUUCCAACUGAUGCGUCAGAUGUUCGCGUGGCAAGCUAUCGUCACCAGCCAACACCGCUUGCAGAGCACCAGAUACCAAGUAGGUGUGGCUCGCGCUCAGACUGCUACUUACAGAAACUUGUUGACCAAACUGCCCGCCGGAUCCAAUCCUUUGGAAAACGCAUACGACGCCAUCGAACAGAAGAUCUCGCAAGUGCGCGAAUACGUUGAUGAAUGGCUACGUUACCAAGCGCUGUGGGAUUUGCAGCCCGAAAGCUUGUAUGGUCGUCUCGGAGAAGACAUCACUCUAUGGAUUAAGUGCUUGAAUGAUAUCAAGAAAUCCCGCACCACAUUCGACACGUCAGAUACCCGUCGCGAAUACGGGCCGGUAGUGAUAGACUUCGCUCGCGUACAGAGCAAGGUGGCUCUGAAGUACGAUGCAUGGCACAAGGAGGUGCUGGGCAAGUUCGGAGCUCUGCUCGGCGGGGAGAUGGUCACCUUCCAUGGGCAGCUCGCCAAGUCCCGCAGCCAGCUUGAACAGCAGACUAUUGAAGCGGCAUCAACGAGCGAUGCGGUAUCCCUCAUUACUUACGUGCAACAACUGAAGAGAGAAGUGCUCGCGUGGGAGAAACAAGUCGACAUCUAUAGGGAGGCUCAACGCAUUCUUGAACGACAGAGGUUCCAAUUCCCAGCGCAAUGGCUUCAUGUCGACAAUAUCGAAGGCGAAUGGAGUGCCUUCAACGAAAUCAUGCGUAGAAAGGACUCUUCUAUUCAGACCCAGGUGGCAUCUCUCCAACAAAAGAUAGUGGCGGAAGACAAGGCAGUUGAGGCUCGUACUCUGGAAUUCCUCACUGAAUGGGAGCGCAGCAAGCCCACUGACGGCUCCACUAGGCCUGAGGAUGCUUUGGCAAGACUCCAGGCUAUGGAGACCAGAUACACGAGGCUGAAGGACGAGAGAGAUAACGUGGCUAAGGCCAAGGAGGCUCUGGAGUUGCAUGAUACUGGAAGCUCCAUCAACAACGAGCGUAUGACGGUGGCACUGGAAGAGUUGCAAGACUUGCGCGGAGUUUGGUCUUCGCUCAGCAAGAUCUGGACACAGAUCGAUGACAUCAGGGAGAAGCCUUGGUUGUCUGUACAGCCUAGGAAACUCAGGCAACAACUGGAAGCGAUGUUGAACGAGCUCAAAGAACUGCCGGCUCGUCUCCGCAUGUAUGACAGCUACGAGUAUGUCCGUAAACUGCUGCAGUCUUACACCAAGGUGAACAUGUUAAUCGUGGAGCUAAAGUCCGAUGCUCUCAAAGAGCGUCACUGGCGCCAACUGUGCCGCGCUCUGAAGGUGGACUGGUCACUCUCCGAGCUGACCCUGGGACAGGUGUGGGACGCUGACCUGCUGCAUAACGAGCAUACUGUUAAGGAUGUCGUGUCUGUGGCUCAGGGAGAAAUGGCGCUUGAGGAGUUCUUGAAACAGGUGCGCGAGUCGUGGCAGAGCUACGAACUGGACUUGAUCAACUACCAGAACAAGUGCAAGAUUAUCCGCGGUUGGGACGAUCUGUUCAACAAAGUGAAGGAACACAUCAACAGCGUUGCCGCUAUGAAGCUGUCGCCUUACUACAAGGUAUUCGAAGAAGAAGCACUAACCUGGGAAGAGAAACUCAACCGCAUCAACGCUCUGUUCGACGUUUGGAUCGACGUACAACGUCGCUGGGUGUACUUGGAAGGCAUUUUCAGUGGCUCUGCCGACAUCAAGACCCUGCUGCCCGUUGAAACUAGCCGUUUCCAGAGCAUCAGUUCUGAGUUCUUGGGCCUGAUGAAGAAAGUGAGCAAAUCGCCAAUGGUGAUGGAUGUACUGAACAUUCCUGGCGUGCAACGUUCUUUGGAGCGUCUCGCCGACUUGCUGGGCAAGAUCCAGAAGGCGCUUGGUGAAUAUCUGGAAAGAGAAAGAAGUAGCUUCCCGAGAUUCUACUUCGUGGGAGACGAAGAUCUGCUCGAAAUUAUUGGUAACAGCAAGAACAUCGCGCGUCUACAGAAGCACUUCAAGAAAAUGUUCGCUGGAGUCGCCGCUAUCAUUCUUAAUGAGGACAAUACUAUAAUUAACGGCAUUGCUUCCCGAGAGGGUGAAGAGGUCUACUUCACAUCACCAGUAUCGACCAUAGAGAACCCUAAGAUCAACUCGUGGUUGUCUAUGGUGGAGCGUGAAAUGCGCGUGACUCUGGCUUGUAGACUGAAGGAUGCGGUCGGUGAUGUCAAACAGUUCAAGGACGGCAAUGUUGACCCACAGAAGUUUAUUGAUUGGUGCGAUAAAUACCAGGCGCAAAUCGUAGUACUCGCCGCUCAAAUCCUUUGGUCAGAAGACGUAGAAGCGGCCCUUGCAAGUGGUGGUGGAGAUGGCCUCAAGAGGGUGUUGGCUCAUGUCGAGAACAUGUUGAACAUACUUGCUGACUCCGUGCUGCAGGAACAACCGCCGCUCAGGAGAAAGAAACUUGAACAUCUGAUCAACGAGUUCGUCCACAAGCGUACGGUGACUCGUCGUCUGAUCGCCUCUGACGUCAACAGUCCUCGCUCCUUCGAGUGGCUUUGCGAAAUGCGCUUCUACUUCGAUCCUAGGAACAAUGACGUAUUGCAACAGCUGACCAUCCACAUGGCUAACGCCAAGUUCUUGUACGGUUUCGAAUACCUUGGCGUACAAGAUCGCCUGGUACAGACUCCUUUGACAGAUCGCUGCUACCUUACCAUGACACAGGCUUUGGAAGCCAGGCUUGGAGGAUCACCUUUCGGUCCCGCCGGUACUGGUAAAACUGAGUCGGUGAAAGCUCUCGGAAACCAACUCGGUCGUUUCGUAUUGGUGUUCAACUGUGACGAAACCUUCGACUUCCAAGCUAUGGGCCGUAUCUUCGUUGGUCUUUGUCAGGUGGGUGCCUGGGGUUGCUUCGACGAGUUCAAUCGUUUGGAAGAGAGAAUGUUGUCAGCCGUAUCGCAGCAAGUGCAAACCAUUCAGGAGGCUCUCAAGAGUCACCAAGAAGGUGACAACACUGCCAAGUCCAUAACAGUGGAGUUAGUCGGCAAACAAGUCCGUGUCAGCCAAGACAUGGCGAUCUUCAUCACAAUGAACCCUGGAUACGCGGGCCGUUCCAACUUGCCCGAUAACUUGAAGAAGUUGUUCCGAAGCUUGGCCAUGACCACCCCGGAUAGGCAGCUGAUUGCCGAAGUGAUGCUGUUCAGUCAAGGGUUCAGGACUGCUGAGAAAUUGGCCUGCAAGAUCGUACCGUUCUUCAAGCUUUGUGACGAGCAGUUGUCCAACCAAUCUCACUACGAUUUCGGACUUCGAGCGCUCAAAUCUGUGCUCGUGUCUGCUGGUAACGUGAAGCGUGAUCGCAUUCAGAAGAUCAAGGAGAAUCUAAUUGAACGUAGUACGGAGGUGCCUGACGAAGCUUCGAUAGCCGAAUCUCUGCCGGAACAAGACAUCUUGAUCCAAUCCGUCUGUGAGACGAUGGUGCCUAAGCUGGUUGCUGAAGAUAUACCGCUGCUGUUCUCAUUGCUCAACGAUGUCUUCCCCAACGUUGGGUACACUAGGGCUGAGAUGACUGGACUGAAGAAUGAAAUCCGUGCAGUAUGCGCCGAAGAAUUCCUCGUUUGUGGUGAGGGCGACGAGCAAGGCUCAACCUGGAUGGAUAAGAGGCGCAGCGCUUCGUCGCGGGCGCAGCACAGCACGUGGAUCGAGAAGGUUCUGCAACUGUACCAAAUCUGCAAGUUGAACCAUGGUCUAAUGAUGGUGGGACCGUCUGGAAGUGGCAAGUCGACGGCUUGGCGCGUACUACUGAAGGCGUUGGAGAGAUACGAAGGCGUUGAAGGUGUGGCUCAUGUCAUUGAUCCGAAGGCGAUGUCCAAGGAAACACUAUAUGGUGUACUGGAUCCCAACACUCGUGAAUGGACUGAUGGUCUUUUCACACAUAUCCUCAGGAAAAUCAUUGACAACGUCCGUGGUGAGAUCAACAAACGUCAAUGGAUCAUAUUCGAUGGUGAUGUAGACCCUGAAUGGGUUGAGAACUUGAACUCGGUACUUGACGAUAAUAAGCUGCUCACUUUGCCCAACGGUGAACGUCUGUCACUGCCUCCUAAUGUUCGAGUUAUGUUUGAGGUACAAGAUCUGAAAUACGCUACCCUAGCUACCGUCUCCCGUUGUGGUAUGGUCUGGUUCUCACAAGACGUGCUUACCACCGAGAUGAUCUUCGAAAACUAUCUUAUGAGGUUGAGGAAUAUUCCCCUUGAAGAUGGAGAAGAAGACUCUUUCAGCAUCGUCAUGGCCGCUCCAACCGCUGGCGGUGAUCAAACCGCCACUGAAAAUAUCUUGUCUCCUGCUUUGCAAACUCAAAGAGAUGUAGCCGCAAUUCUCCAACCUCUGUUCUUCGGCGAUGGCUUAGUAGUGAAAUGUUUAGAACGUGCUGUCAGUCUCGACCAUAUCAUGGACUUUACGCGCCAUAGAGCGCUUUCGUCGCUGCAUUCUAUGCUUAACCGUGGUGUCAGAAACAUCUUAGCCUACAACCGUCAGCACCCAGACUUCCCAAUCACCAACGAACAACUGGAAGCUUACGUACCGAAGUGGCUUGUAUACUCUCUACUGUGGUCAUUUGCUGGUGACGCUAAACUCAAGGAUCGCAAUGAACUGGGUGACUUUAUCCGAUCAGCGAGCACCAUGCAGUUGCCGAACUGUGGCGCGAAUCAGCACAUUAUUGACUUUGAGGUGUGCAUAACCGGCGAAUGGGUGCCAUGGUCGGCGAAGGUGCCUCAGAUAGAAGUGGAGACGCAUAAGGUGGCCGCACCCGAUGUAGUAGUGCCCACGCUUGAUACCGUGCGACAUGAGGCGCUGCUAUACACCUGGCUGGCUGAGCAUAAACCUUUGGUGCUUUGCGGUCCCCCCGGUUCGGGUAAGACAAUGACCCUAUUCUCUGCGCUCCGAGCUCUGCCAGACAUGGAAGUGGUCGGUCUGAACUUCUCAUCGGCCACCACUCCUGAGCUGCUGCUGAAGACUUUCGACCAUUACUGUGAAUACAGGAAGACUCCUAACGGCGUUGUGCUGGCUCCUGUGCAGCUCGGCAAAUGGCUGGUAUUGUUCUGCGACGAAAUCAACUUGCCGGAUAUGGAUCAAUACGGAACACAGCGCGUCAUCUCCUUCUUGCGACAAUUGCUCGAACAUAAGGGCUUCUACAGAGCCAGUGAUCAUUCCUGGGUACACCUCGAGCGCAUACAAUUCGUGGGCGCGUGUAACCCGCCCACCGACCCGGGCCGUAAGCCGCUGUCGCAUCGACUGCUGCGUCACGUACCCGUCAUUUACGUUGACUAUCCCGGAGAAACUUCACUUGAACAGAUCUACGGCACAUUCACCCGCGCCAUGCUACGCAUGCAGCCUGCCCUACGCGGCUACGCGGAGCCGCUAACACAGGCGAUGGUGAAGCUAUACCUGGCGUCGCAGGAGCGGUUCACGCAGGACAUGCAGCCGCACUACGUGUACUCGCCUAGAGAGAUGACACGAUGGGUGCGCGGUAUUUGUGAGGCUAUUCGGCCACUAGACAACCUGAACGUGGAAGGUCUAGUAAGAUUAUGGGCUCACGAAGCUCUGCGUCUAUUCCAAGAUCGUUUAGUAGACGACGCCGAAAGACAGUGGACUGAUGAGAACAUCGACAACGUCGCUAUGAUGUUCUUCCCAGGCAUUAAUAGAGAACAAGCAUUGGCUCGUCCUAUUCUAUACAGUAACUGGCUCAGCAAGGACUAUGUGCCAGUGCUCAGAGAUCAACUGCGUGAAUACGUCAAGGCUAGAUUGAAGGUAUUCUACGAAGAAGAACUAGACGUGCCUCUAGUGCUAUUCGACGAGGUACUAGACCACGUGCUGCGUAUCGACCGUAUCUUCAGGCAGCCGCAAGGACAUCUGUUGCUUAUCGGAGUGUCGGGCGCGGGUAAAACCACGCUCAGUCGCUUUGUCGCAUGGAUGAAUGGACUUAGCAUCUUCCAGAUUAAGGUGCACAACAAAUACACCGGAGCUGACUUCGACGAAGAUCUGCGUUCAGUGCUCCGUCGAGCUGGCUGUCGCGAUGAGAAGGUGGCCUUCAUACUGGACGAGUCCAAUGUGCUGGACAGCGGCUUCCUCGAGAGAAUGAACACUCUGCUGGCUAACGGAGAGGUACCUGGAUUAUUCGAAGGAGAUGAAUUCGCCGCUCUUAUGACUCAAUGCAAAGAAGGCGCUCAGAGGGAAGGACUGAUGUUGGAUUCCAACGAUGAAUUGUACAAAUGGUUCACCGGACAAGUGAUGCGCAAUUUACACGUGGUGUUCACAAUGAACCCGUCGUCGGAAGGCCUGAAGGAUCGCGCGGCCACAUCACCCGCGCUCUUCAACAGAUGUGUGCUCAACUGGUUCGGAGACUGGAGCGAUGGAGCUUUGUUCCAAGUGGGCAAAGAAUUCACCCAGCGCAUGGACCUCGACUCGGCUGAGUACUCACCGCCGGACGGCUUCCCCUCGGCUUGUGGGGAAGUGGGCGAGCGUCCCUCACACCGCGAGGCCGUGGUUAACGCCUGCGUCUAUGUGCACCAGACCUUACAUAGAGCCAAUGCCAGCUUAGCCAAGAGGGCCAACCGCACUAUGGCUAUUACACCCAGGCAUUACCUGGACUUCAUCCAACAAAUGGUGAAGCUAUACGCUGAGAAGCGCGCCGACUUGGAAGAACAACAACUUCACUUGAACGUCGGUUUGGGCAAGAUCGCCGAAACUGUCGAACAGGUUGAGGAGAUGCAGAAGAGUCUUGCUGUUAAAUCACAGGAACUUCAAGCAAAGAACGAAGCUGCCAACGCCAAACUGCGUCAAAUGGUAAAAGAUCAACAGGAAGCUGAAAAGAAGAAGGUUGAAAGUCAAGAAAUUCAGGUGGCUCUAGAGAAACAAACGAAGGAGAUCGAAGCGAAGCGUCGCGACGUGAUGGCGGACCUCGCACAAGUGGAGCCCGCCGUCAUUGAGGCGCAAAAUGCCGUGAAAUCUAUAAAGAAGCAGCACUUGGUGGAAGUGAGGUCUAUGGGCAAUCCGCCGGCGCUCGUGAAGGUGGCGCUGGAGUCCAUCUGCCUGCUGCUCGGGGAGAACGCCACCGACUGGAAGGCCAUCCGCGCCGUCAUCAUGCGAGAGAAUUUCAUCAACAGCAUCGUCUCCAAUUUCUCCACCGAGGACAUAACUGAUGACGUUCGUGAGAAAAUGAGGACUCGCUACCUGAGCAACCCUGAUUACAACUUCGAGAAAGUGAACAGGGCCAGUAUGGCUUGCGGACCUAUGGUCAAAUGGGCUAUCGCUCAGAUUGAAUAUGCAGACAUGUUGAAACGUGUGGAACCUCUUCGUAACGAGCUCAAAGCGCUCGAAGAUCGCGCUCAGAGCAACGUGACGGCUGGCAAUGAAGUGAGCGAGCUGAUCGCGCAGCUUGAGAAGUCUAUUGCGUCCUACAAGGAGGAGUAUGCUCAGCUUAUUAGUCAGGCUCAGGCCAUCAAGACUGACUUGGAGAAUGUGCAGGCUAAGGUGGACAGGUCCAUUGCUCUACUGAAGAGCUUGGUGAUCGAGCGAGAACGUUGGGAGUCCAGCUCAGAAACGUUCCGCUCACAAAUGAGCACUAUUGUCGGUGAUGUGCUACUGUCUGCUGCUUUCAUCGCUUAUGGUGGAUACUUCGAUCAGCACUACCGUCAAAAUCUAUUCACAACGUGGACAGCGCACUUAGCGGCUGCGAACAUAAAGUACCGUGCGGACAUAGCUCGCACGGAGUACCUCAGUAACCCCGAUGAGAGACUGCGUUGGCAAGCCAAUGCUUUGCCCACCGAUGAGUUAUGCGUGGAAAAUGCUAUUAUGUUGAGACGUUUCAACCGUUACCCGUUGAUCAUCGACCCGUCGGGUCAGGCCACAGAGUUCAUAAUGCGCGAGUUCAAAGAACGCAAGAUCACCAAGACUUCGUUCCUCGACGACUCGUUCAGAAAGAAUCUGGAGUCCGCACUGCGGUUUGGUAACCCGCUGCUUGUGCAAGAUGUAGAGAACUACGAUCCGAUCUUGAACCCGGUACUGAACAGAGAACUUCGCCGUACUGGUGGUCGUGUGCUCAUCACACUUGGAGACCAGGACAUCGAUCUUAGUCCUUCGUUCGUCAUUUUCCUUAGCACCAGGGAUCCAACAGUGGAGUUCCCUCCAGACAUGUGUUCCCGUGUGACGUUCGUCAACUUCACCGUGACUCGCUCGUCGCUACAGUCGCAGUGCUUGCACAGAGUGCUCAAGGCUGAACGGCCUGAUAUUGAUACCAAGAGAUCCGACCUGCUUAAGCUGCAAGGUGAGUUCCACCUCCGUCUACGUCAGCUCGAGAAGUCGCUCCUCCAAGCGCUGAACGACGCUAAAGGCAAGAUUCUGGACGAUGACUCGGUGAUCGCUACUCUUGAGACCCUGAAGAAGGAAGCUGAUGAUAUCGGACAGAAGGUUGAGGAGACCGACAAAGUUAUCGCUGAGAUUGAAACUGUUAGCCAGCAGUACUUGCCUUUGUCUCAAGCGUGCAGCAGCAUCUACUUCACGAUGGAAUCUCUCCACCAAGUACACUUCCUAUACCAGUAUUCGCUGAAGAUGUUCCUGGACAUCUUCAGCUCGGUGCUCGUAUGUCCCAUGCUGAGCGGCAUCACCGACUACACGGCUAGGCUCAAGAUUAUUACUGAAGAACUGUUCGCGGUGGUAUACGAGCGCGUAGCCCGCGGCAUGCUGCACACGGACCGACUCACAUUCGCGCUCCUACUAUGCCGCAUACACCUGAAGGGCACGGGCGCCGACGACACGCUCGACCGCUCCUUCGGCGUCUUCCUCGGCGGGAAGGAGGGCUUCGUGUCCACUACAUCCCCGCUGGAGCCACUCACUCAUCAGCAGCAUGAUGCCGCUGCUAGGCUUAGCUCCAGACUGCCGCACUUCCGUCGUCUGCUGGACAAGGUGGGCGAGCUGCCGGAGCUGUCGGCGUGGCUGUCGCAGGCGGCGCCGGAGCAGUGCGUGCCCACGCUGUGGGACGGCGAGGCCGCCGCGCCGCCCGCGCCGCACACGCUCGCCAUGUACCGCCUGCUGCUCAUACAGGCGUUCCGUCCGGACCGUGUGAUUGCGGCAGCGACACAACUAGUUACCGCAGUACUGGGCGCCGGCUACAUGGCCAAGGCCGAGACUGAGCUGGACUUAGCUUCCAUCACGGAGACGCAGCUCAACGCCACCACGCCUGCGUUACUGUGCUCCGUGCCUGGUUAUGAUGCUAGCGGUCGUGUGGAUGACAUGGCGACUGAGAUGAACAAGCCGCUCUCCAGCAUCGCUAUCGGUUCCGCCGAAGGAUUCAACCAAGCGGAACGGGCUAUUAACACUGCUUGCAAGACUGGACGCUGGGUAAUGCUAAAGAACGUGCACCUCGCCCCAGUAUGGCUGGUACAACUAGAGAAGAAGCUUCACUCUCUACAGCCUCAUCCGAACUUCCGUCUGUUCCUGACCACGGAGAUCAGUCCCAAGCUACCUGUCAACUUACUGCGAGCCGGCAGGGUGUUAGUGUUCGAACCCCCGCCCGGCAUCAGGGCUAACUUGCUCAGGACUUUUGCUACUGUCCCGGCAGCACGCAUGAUGAAGCAACCAUCGGAACGUGCAAGACUGUACUUCUUGCUCGCUUGGUUCCACGGUAUUGUUCAAGAGCGUUUGCGUUACGUGCCGUUGGGUUGGGCGAAGUAUUACGAGUUCAAUGAGUCGGACUUGCGUGUUGCGUGUGAUACUCUCGAUACCUGGAUUGAUGCUACGGCUAUGGGUCGUACAAACCUACCACCAGAGAAGGUCCCAUGGGAGGCGCUAGUGACUCUCCUGUCGCAAUGUAUCUACGGAGGCAAGAUCGACAACUCGUUUGAUCAGAGGCUGCUGCACUCAUUCUUGUGCAAACUCUUCACGCCCAAGUCGUUUGAAGCCGACUUUGCUCUUGUCGCUAAUGUUGAUGGGGCAAGUGGAAACCAACGUCACAUCACCAUGCCAGACGGAAACCGUCGUGACCACUUCCUCAAAUGGAUUGAAGAUCUCUCUGACAGGCAGACGCCAUCUUGGCUUGGUCUACCCAACAAUGCUGAGAAGGUACUCCUAACAAACCAAGGUAGCGACUUGGUUUCCAAGCUUCUGAAGAUGCAGCAACUUGAAGAUGAAGAAGAACUGGCGUACAAUGCUGCCGCACAAGACCACGAUGCCGUUGCAGACUCGAUGGUUGCUGGACGCCCUGCCUGGAUGAAGACACUACAUUCAACUGCCACUAAUUGGCUGCAGCUGUUGCCCCAACAGUUACCGACUUUGCGUCGUACAGUUGAGAACAUCAAAGACCCGCUGUAUCGUUUCUUCGAGCGCGAGGUCGCCGCCGGCGCCUCGUUACUGCAACAAGUUUUGCACGAUCUACGCAACGUACUAUCUAUCUGUCAGGGCGAGAUGAAACAAACAAACGAGACGCGUGCUAUGGUGGGGUCGCUAGUUCGCGGCAUGUUACCGAGCAACUGGCGCCGCUACGCCGUGGCCCGCGGCUGCACGGUGCAGCAGUGGGUGGGCGACUUCGCGCACCGCGUCACACAGCUUGCUGCCGUGUCCGACGCCGGCCGCGCAGGGGCCAAGAGGCUGCAGAGUAUCCCAGUGUGGCUCGGCGGUCUAUUGAACCCCGAGGCGUACAUAACAGCUACUCGCCAGUGCGUCGCUCAAGCCAACUCUUGGUCUCUUGAAGAACUUCAUCUGCAGGUGACUAUCCCCGACCCGGGCACUCCGACAGAGAACGCUCAGACGGAGUGGUCGUUCUCGGUGACCGGGCUGAAGCUGCAGGGCGCCACGGUGAAGGGCAACAGGCUGCUGCUCACCAACACCAUCAUGGUGGACCUGCCGCUUACUGUGCUCACUUGGAUCCGUGGUCCCGAGACUGCUACCGGCGGCCAGAGCCUGACGCUCCCAGUGUACUUGAACAGCGCUCGUUCAGAGUUGCUGUUCACCGUCCGCCUGCCCAUCGCGCCCGGACAGGAGCCCCACGCCUUCUACGAGAGGGGCGUAGCCCUACUCACCUCCACUGCACUCAACUAAACAUAUUUACGUACCACCCGACCUCGGAUCUCUAUUUACUUACACCGAUGUCGGGUUUAAGCAGAAAGAAGUAUUUAUAUAUUAGAAGAAGCACAUUCUAUGUAUAACCAGUGUUUAUUUAUUAAUUAAUUAUAUUUUAUGCUAUAGCUUGAAUAAUCGUUUUAUGUUAUGCACGCUAUUUAUAUGAACAAGAAAUAAAAAAUAAUAAUAUAAUUAAA